AUGCGAAACCUUGAGCUUCUCGGACUGAGUGCCCUCGCAGCCGCGUCGGCCUCUGCGACCACUACCAGCGGCAAAUUCACCGCACUGUGUUUCAAUGUCGCUGGUCUACCUGAGAUCCUUAACAGUAAUGAUGUGAAUGGCACGAAGACUGAGAACGCAGAGGAGCUUGGCAAGUACUUUGCAGAGUAUGGCUAUGACAUCAUUCAGAUGCAGGAGGACUUCAACUACCAUGCCUACAUCUACGAGUACGACGACCACCCCUACCGCACGGCCACUUCGGGCGGCGCCGCCAUUGGCAGCGGUCUGAAUACCAUUUCCAAUUACGACUGGGUCGACUUCACACGUGUCAAGUGGGACACAUGCUCUGACGCCUCCGAGUCAGACUGCCUUACCCCAAAGGGCUUCACCUUUAUGCGUUGGAACCCAUCCGAGGGAGUGUACAUUGACUUCUACAACCUGCACGCCGAUGCUGGCACCGAAGACGGCGACGAAACCGCCCGUAACGCCAACCUCCAACAAGUCGCCGACUACAUCGACACCUGGUCCACCGGCAACGCCGUGGUCAUCAUGGGCGACACCAACAGCCGCUACACCCGCAGCGCCGACACCGGCAUCCGCGUCUUCAAGUCGCAGAACAAUCUCACCGACGUCUGGGUCGAGCUGGAGAUGGGCGGGGUGUACCCGACCGCGGGCGCGGACUCGCUGAUGUGCGACAACCCCUCCACGAACGAAACCUGCGAGACGGUGGACAAGGUGCUGUAUCGGGGCUCCGGCGUCGUCACCCUGGCCGCCGACAGCUUCCGCUACGACGGCGAGGAGUUCCUCAACACCAACCCAGAGUACCUGGGGGAUGUGCUCUCCGACCACAACCCGGUACUGGUCGACUUCAGCUGGACGCUGUCCUCGUCGCUCCGCCAGAGCGAGUUCUCCGGCGGGCCCCACGGCGACUGGUUCAACGACCUCCCCAGCUUGCCCGCUUCGCCGGUGGCCUCCGUGCUGACCUUCCGCGGUGCCGACCGCCUGGAUGCCGUCGCGCUGGAGCUCACAGACGGGACCACCUUCAGCCACGGCGGCACCGGCGGCACGGCCGUGUCGCUGACGCUGGGGGCCGGCGAGCACUGGACCCAGGCGGAGCUGUGCACCGGGCUGUACAACAGCCACACCCGCAACUUCUAUCUCAAGGCUACCACGAGCGCGGGCAAUGUCCUGGAGGCCGGUACCGCCACGAGCAACUGUACCACCUUUACCGCGGAUGACGGGUAUGCCAUUGUCGGGUAUAUGGGGCAGGAUGGCGAUGAGAUCGAUCAGUUAGCUUUCAUUUAUGCUGCCUACUAG